AUGCAAAAAGAAGAAAUAGUUAAUUCUUUAGAUGAAGAAAGUAUAAUUAAACCAUUUGAAGAAUGGAUUAGAUAUCAAAUCAAUGAUAAAGCAGUUCCUGUAUUUGGUUUAACUAUUACCAAUAGAGAAAAGACUCUUUAUACCAAAGUUCAUCAUCAUCCUGAUAUUAAAACACCGAUUCCAUCGAUUGACCGAACACUCUUUAAUAUUGGAUCAGUUGGAAAGCUAUUUACUUAUAUUUCACUUCUUCAGUUGGUAGAACAAGGAAAAGUAUCACUAAACGACCCGAUCACCAAGUAUAUGCCAUCUAACUUUGCACCAAAGAAUCCAAUCGAUUGUGAUCCAAGUGAACCACCACUCUACAAGCAGAUCACCGUCUUCAAUUUGAUUCGUCAUACCUCUGGAAUUGUAAGAGAGCCACCUGAAGGAAAUGGAUUUAAUGUUGUUCAAUGCGAAAUUGAAGAGUUGGUUCAAUCGAUAUGUGACUCUACUUUAAUCUAUAGACCAAAUACAACAUUUAAGUACUCCAACACUGCUGUUGCCAUGGUCGGAUAUAUCAUCCAAAAAGUAUCUGGAAUUUUAUUCGAAGAUUAUGUUCAAAAGUAUGUUCUCGAUCCAAUUGGAAUGACACAUUGUACUUUUAAAAAAGACUUAUGGAACAACACUCGCUAUUCAAAUGAAGAUGAGAUGCGUCUUGCAGUUGGUCAUAUGUGGAACUAUUGGGAUGAGACAACCACCGACGUCAAAGUCUUCACAGAAGCACCUAUAAUCAAGUUGGGCAUGAAUCCGGCUGGUGGUUUGAAAUGUACACUCUCUGAGAUCAAUCAUUUCCUCCGAGUAUUCCUAAAUGGUGGCGGUGGUUUAAUAGGUGAGAAAUCUUUCCAACUCAUGAUGACUCCUCAACCAUUGUCUGGACCUGUCUCCGAACUACACUCUGACUACCACUAUCAUCCAUCUGGAAUGACACAUGGAUUGGGUGUUGAAAUCAACCAACUAUAUGGUCUACUUAUGGCCAAACAUGGUGGUGCUCUCUAUGGAUUCGCCAGUGAGUUCCGUGUUCUCCCAGAGAUUGGUGUCGGUAUCUACGCUGUGACCACUCUGGACUGCACCAACUCUUUGGUCAAUCAGUUGACAGAUGUUAUUCUCCAAAGAAUAAUAUCACAUUACUUCCAACCAUCACCUCGAGUACCCUAUGAUGUAUUGGCUCUUGAAAAUGCCCAACUACAAAUGAAAUCAAUUCUUAAGUGCCAACCUAUUCCAAAAGAGAUUCAGAAUAGAGUUCUAGGAUACUAUAAGAUGAUUGACGGAAUUCAGGAAAAAGAUACUCACCACUACAAGAUCUACCAAGAGUACAACCAAAAGAUUUACAGGAGAACAUUUUUGUCUAUCAAUCUUUCGUGGAUAUCACCUGAGAAUGGAUCACCAAUUCUACCAGAAGGAGCCCUAGUCACCAAUGAUAGAAUAUCUUUCGGAUUGCCAAUGAAAUUAAAGAUAUCCAAUGAUGGAAAGAAUGUUGCCAUUUAUACCUAUGUUAGACAAAAUGAUAUAUCUGAAAACAAUCUCUUUUACCAACCAUACAUCCCAUUACCACCAGUUUCAAAACCACCAAAUGAUAUUCAACCAUUCCUCAAGAAUCUAAUUGGACACUAUGAAGCAAACCAACUUGCAGUUAUCUAUGAAGAUGAAGGAACCAUGAUGAUAUGUAUUGAGACACUUUUUCAUUGCACUCUCACCUUGGUAUCUCAAAGAGAUGGUCGUUUGGAGUUUAAAUUCUCACCAGAUUCAAUGUAUAAUGAUGAAAGAGUUGUAUUCUAUCUCAAUUCAUCGGGAAUACCUGAUAGAUUCGAGUUGGAGAGAAUUCCAUUUUAUUACAAGCAUGUUGGUCCAAUUCCAGGUGAAAGACAAGAAGGUGUUUGUAGUCCAGAGGAAAGUAAGAUCAUAUUAGAUAAAUCAUACUCUGUAACUUGUCCACACAAAGCACCUACAUCACACAGUCUUGUUGAUCUUUCAACACUCUCGCCAACACUUCUCACUGAUGUAAAGUAUGCGACAACCGACAACUUUUCUGGAAUUGCAUUUUAUAAAGUUGCAAAGGCAUAUCUCCAUCGACAAGCUGCUGAAUCAUUGCUUCGUUGUCAUCAAUGGUUGGCACAAUGGGGUGUUGGUUUGAUCAUCUACGAUUCUUACAGACCAUGGAAUGUGACUUGGGCAAUGGCAGAAUCAGUCAAACCUGAAUUCAGAGGAUUGUAUGUUGCCGAUCCAAAUAAAGGAUCUGUUCACAAUCGAGGUGGUGCUGUUGAUUUGACUCUCUAUGAUUUGAAAACUGGUGAAAUCAUUCCAAUGCAAGGUGAAUACGAUGAAUUCUCAGUCAGAUCACACAGAUCAUAUUUCGGUGGAACAUCAAGACAGAGAUGGUUCAAAAAGCUAUUAACAACGGCGAUGAUGAAUCAUGAUUUCAUUCCAAAUAAAUCAGAAUGGUGGCAUUUCGAUUAUAAAAUAUCAUUCGAUGUUUUAAACAUUCCAUUGGAAAAUCUUUAA